CCCCUCCCCCCCUCGCCACCACUCCCUCCGCCUCAGGCCUUUGGGUGUGGGGUGUUUGAGUUGUGCCGAGUCCGAAAGAAAUCCGCUUCUCCGGGUUUUACUGGCAGCCUGAGGAAGAGUAAGGAAAGUGCUGAGAGGACUCAGCUACAGGCUCUUGGCUUCAGAGUGGUUUCUUCAGCAACUUUUCUAAACCCUUCUGUGAGACAAGCUGGUUCUUCUGGGACUAAAGAACUGCCUGUAGCCAUAUGCUUCUCUACAAAUGUGCUUGGUCUUUUCUACACACAACCAGUGGUGCUAGCAGACAGGCUCUGCAGGCCUUAGUCAGCAUGAUACACUGGAAAGAAUAUGAAAUUCUGGGAUUGGAAGAACCUCAAGGGCAUGAGUCCCAGACUGUACUACCAGCUGUGUGACCUUGGAGAAGUCAAUUCUUCCAUCUGAGGCUUGUUUUUCUUGCCUGUCAAAUGAAAAAUAAAAGACAUCAACCUUUCAAGUUAAUUCUUGGUACAUCCUGUUCCUCUUUCUUGAAGAUCUCGUUCCCCUGCUUACCAGCUAACUCCUGCUCAUCCUCCCAGCCUCAGUUCUAGAAAUCACUUUCACUUUCCCAAGGACAAAUUCCAUGGAUGAUUUCCAGGAGACUGAUCUGCCAAUUUGGACUCCACUCAUCCUUUUAAAGGAGCCACCAUACUACAGCAACGCCUCACUUACAGAUUCAGAAAUCAGCCCUCAACUACCACAAUACUUGUGAAAGGCUCAUGAGACAUAUGGGAGGAAGAGAAUGUUUCAAUUCAGCUCAAGAGUCCUCAGGACCUAUGGCAUGCAGUUGUUCUUUGGUUCUGAGGAAUUUCCUCCUGAAGAUGGACCUGGGCAACACAGGCAUUAGAGGGUGACUCAGGAAGCACCUAAAGGAACCCCUCUCUGUUUCCCUGCUGUGCACUCUGAUCCUUUCUGGAGGCAGCAUGUCCAAUUUUACCUCAAGAAAAAUGUCUCCCACAGGAAAUGGUAUGAAGAGUACCAGUCAGGGGACCACACUGAGACAACAGGGUUUUCAUGAGGUGAACAAAAGAAGGACUUUCUUACAGGACAACAGCUGGAUAAAGAAACGUCCUGAAGAAGAAAAAGAUGAAAAUUAUGGUAGGGUGGUGCUCAACCGACACAACUCCCAUGAUGCCUUGGACAGGAAAGCAAAUGAGAGAGAUGAGCCAAAGGCUACGAUUAGUCGGUAUAGAUCUGAUGACACUUUAGACAGGAUCUCAGACAGAAAUGAUGCCACUAAAACAUAUAAGACCAAUACCUUGGACAACCGACUAACCAAUAGAAACACAUCCACAUUUAGAUCACCAGAAGCAGCAAAGACGCAACCUGGAAGUUUGUUCAGUGCAAACAGCACCAGCAUCCCAGCUCCUACUUCUGCUACAACUCCUGUAAAGAAAAAGAGACAGUCCUGGUUUCCACCACCUCCUCCUGGUUACAGUGCCAUCCCAAGCACGGGAGCAAACAGAAGGGAACCAACUGUUCACCCUCCAAUACCUCCAAAGCCCAGUUCUCCUGUUUCAUCUCCUAACCAGCUGAGACGGGAGAACAGGGAACCAACUGUUCACCCUCCAAUACCUCCAAAGCCCAGGUCUCCUGUUUCAUCUCCUAACCAGCUGAGACGGGAGAACAGGCAGAUUUGUCCAACUAAACCAGAUGUACAUACAGAAACCAACAGAUCCACUGAAAAAAGUAUAAGGACUCAGGAUCUCGAGAAUAUCGUUAAAGUGGCCACUUCACUUCAGAAAACUAACAAGGGUGAAGAAUUGGAUAACCUCAUAAAAAUGAAGAAAAGUUUGAAUAGAAAUCAAGGUCUUGAUGGUCUCUUCAGAGCAAAUCCUAGGGCAGAGCAAACAGAGAAAAGAGCCAAAAGCCUUGAAAAUCUCAUUUUUAUGAAUACUCGAACAGACAAAGAUGGCAAAGGAGGUGAAGACCUUGAUAAUCUUAUCAGAGCAAAUCCCAAAGGAAGUGAAAAUGCUACUCUAAAACAAGACCUCGAUGGAUUUAUUAAAGUGAAUCCUGAAACAAAUAAAAAUAUCAAGAGGGGCCAGAGCCUUGACAAUCUUAUUCAAGUGACUCCUGAAGGAAACAGAAGUAACACAGGUUCCAAAGACCUUGAUAACCUCAUCAAAGUGGUUCCACAAACAGGAAAAAGUGUGCAAGGGGGUCAAAGUCUUGACAGCCUCAUCCAAGUAGCUCCUGAAACAAACAGAACUAACCAAAGCAGGAAGGAAGGUCUAGAUGAACUUAUUAAUAUAAGCCCCAAAGCUGUCAAAAACAUGGCUGGAAAUCAAGAUCUUGAUAAGCUCAUCAGAGUGAAUCCUGAAACUCUCACCAGCAACCAGAGAAACCAGGAUCUGGAUAACCUCAUCAAAGUGAAACCUGCAGUGACCAGAAGCAGUCAGAGUGAAGGCUUGGACAAUCUCAUUAAAGUGAAAUCUUCAGCUCUCCAAGACACUGAGCGAGACCAAGACCUGAAAAAUGUAAUUGAAAUAAAUUCUAAUGUGCCUAAAAAUAAAAAUGAAAGGGUAGAUGGCCAAGUCGUUGGAUCCACUGAUGCUUUAAGUAACCAGCUUACUAGAACUCCUGCCCAUUCUUAUGAAGCCAGAAAGAAUCUCAGCUUCAAUGCUGAAACCAGGCAUGCAGGACCAAAGGAUACCUUUGUGUAUACAAGGACAUAUGUGGAGAACAGUAAAUCACUGAAGGAUGGAUAUCAGGAGAAUAUCUCUGGAAAAUACAUACAAACUGUUUAUUCGACUUCAGAUAGGUCUGUCAUUGAAAGAGAUAUGUGUACUUAUUGCCGGAAACCUUUGGGUACAGAAACUAAAAUGAUUUUAGAUGAAUUACAAAUUUGCUGCCAUUCCACUUGCUUCAAGUGUGAAAUAUGCAAACGGCCUUUGGAAAACCUGCAAGCAGGUGACAGUAUUUGGAUUUACAGACAGACAAUACACUGUGAACCUUGCUACUCUAAAGUUAUGGCAAAGUGGAUUCAAUAAUUCUGGCACAUGGAAAUCAAGAUAAAAGCAUUCAUUAGGAAAUUAAAAUUUUAUUUUAAGAAUAUGUAAUCUAGAAAAGCUUUUACACUGAAGAUUGACUCUUAUAUAGAAUUAACAAUUCUACUAUUGCAUAAGUAAUCUAAUUGCCUUAAAUAAGGUCAUAUACAUAAAGGAAACCAUCUGGUAUCUGGCUAGAUUUAGCUAUGAAAAAUUCAAGUGGUUCCAGUCACUAUUGUCAAAGGAAUUAUGCUUCUGAUGGCAGUGAGCUAUGUCAACCUUAUCUAGUUCCAUCUCUGUUCUUUAUAUGGGCUGUGCAUCGUAGUUGCCAUUAUAGACAAGUUUCCUUUUUUCUCAUCUUUGUUUCUGUAAGGAUUUGGAUUUACAGACAUUAUUGACACCCUGACAAACUGUCAAAAAAAAGAAAGAUAUGUUUCUUUUGUGUAUAAAAGAAAUGUUGAUGUUAUCUUUCAAUUUUCCACAGUUGUAAUUUUUAUUGAAUGUUUUAAAAACAAAAACAUGGAUUUAUGGGUAAUGGGUAAAAUCACAUGACUUGUGUAGUUUACGUAUUAAAAUUGCUAAAUUUUCUUUGCAUGCAUUUCAAAAUCCAAGUAUAUGCAUAAUCUCUGAGAAAUAAUGGUUGUGGAUUAUAAAGACAUAUGCUUUUGCUUGUUGCAUCAACUCAUAUUACAUAGCACUUUAUGGUCACAGACAGCUUAUAAAUAAAAAUAAAAUGAACUACCAGUUACAUAGAA